UUUCGGUCCGUCUACAUAGUCGUACCUGUCGGCGGAGUACCUACGGCGCCCUUGAUAUAUAUCCAAUCAUCGGGGUGGUGAUUCGAGUCCCUUGAUCGUGUGGUACCCCACCUCCACUGGUAUGCGGGUCGCCUUGAAUCUGGGGUGGUGAUCUUUAAGAAGAAUCUUGACUAGCCUCAGCCUCUCGUUUCAUAUACCCAUACUCCAGGACUGGAUCGCGUCUUAUCUAAAUUUCACUGUCGUUGUCUCUGGAAAUAGGGAGGGAGAAACAAUUCAACAUAGGAAGAAAACCUGAAAAGAAAAGGCAUUGGAAACAGACACGAGACAGAAAACAGAGCCACAACAACGACAGAACGACUCGCAGCAUGCUCCCUGCCUGCUAAGCAUGCCCAUUUCUGACUCCGCACGUUCGCCGACCAUCCAUGAAUGGGCUGGGCCAUGAUAGUGGACCACUCUAUGGAGAAAACGCCUGAUGUCAAAAUGGAUCCUACACCGGAUAGGCCUCGCGGAAAACUGUCCGCGGCUGAUCAAGAGAUGAACCCCACCCAUGGGUCUGCUUCGAAAAGACGUUGUGUUAGCACGGCGUGCAUCGCCUGUCGGAAGAGAAAGUCCAAGUGCGAUGGCAAUCUCCCUAGCUGUGCGGCUUGCUCCUCCGUCUAUCACUCGACCUGUGUCUAUGAUCCAAACUCCGACCAUCGCCGUAAAGGCGUGUACAAGAAAGACACGGAUGCGCUCAAGACUAAGAACACGACCUUACUGACUUUGAUCCAAGCUUUGCUCAACUUUGAGGAGGAGGAGGAUGCAUUCGACUUGGUUCGGCAGAUCCGCUCUUGCGAUAACCUGGAAGACGUUGCGCACUCCGUCGUGAGUCGGGAAAGGGGCAGCAUGCGUGCUGCAAGGGAAGCCACCUCCAAUGAGGACGGGACGGUGGCGCAAGCCGAUCAGUUCGAGGCCGAACUGGCCGGGAAGGUGGGCGAGCUGGUUCUGGACGGCUCCCGUAAGUUCAUCGGGGGUACGUCAAAUCUCAUCUUUCUGCCAGUAGGGUCGGAAUUGAACGAAUCUGGCUCGGCUAUGGAAGGCCCGAUUUUGGGUCAGACGCCGGAUUUCUCAGUGACGCAGUGGACAAGGGUCACCCAGAACGAACAGUUGGUCAGUCAUCUAAUGACCAUGUACUUCACGUGGCACUACCCCUUUUUUACCACACUGUCCAAGGACCUCUUCUACCGCGAUUUUGUACGAGGGGUUUCUGGUCAGUACUGCUCGUCGUUGCUGGUCAACGCGAUGCUAGCCUUGGGUUGUCAUUUCUCUACCUGGGAAGGGGCCUGGGAAGACCCGCUCAACUCGGCAACGGCAGGCGACCACUUUUUCAAAGAGGCCAAAAGUCUGUUCUUUGAGAAUGACGAACUUGCAAAUGCAAAGCUGUGUACGGUCCAGGCCUUGUCACUUAUGUCAGUCCGGGAGGCUGGCUGCGGUCGGGAGGGCCGCGGUUGGUUUUACAGUGGCAUGAGUUUUCGCAUGGCUCUCGAUCUAGGUCUGAACCUCGAUGCACCUAGCAUUGGAUCGCGGAGUCUCGGUGAAGAUGAAAUUGACGCCCGUCGGAUGACGUUUUGGGGCUGUUUCCUAUUCGACAAGUGCUGGUCCAACUAUCUCGGUCGUCAACCACAACUGCCGUCUGCCAAUGUCAGCGUUCCCAAGUUUGACGUUAUGAUGAACGAAGAAGCAGAACUGUGGUCUCCCUACACCGACUCCGGCCCGAGUCGCGAGCAUACGCAGCCCUCCCGCACCAGAGCCGUUGCUCUGCAGAUUUCCAAGCUGAGCGAGAUCAGCGGCGAUUUGAUCGCGUUUUUCUACGACCCAACGCCUAGAGAUAAAGCAGCCUCCAGACAAUUAGAAAUAAAGAGACUUAGUGAGAUCCACACCCGACUCGAAGCCUGGAAGAAGGGUCUACCCAAGGAGUUAGAAGCGAGAGAGGGACAGCUUCCCCAGGUUCUGUUGAUGCACAUGUUCUAUCAACUUCUCUUCAUACACCUCUAUCGCCCUUUUCUCAAGUACACCAAGUCAAACUCACCUCUGCCACCCCACGUUUCCCCACGCAAGCUCUGCACGCAAGCCGCUUCGGUCAUCUCGAAACUCCUCCGGACGUAUAAACGUACCUACGGAUUUAAACAAAUCUGCAACAUCGUUGUAUAUAUCGCACACACCACCUGCACGAUUCAUCUCCUCAACCUCCCGGAAAGGAACGCCCAGCGAGAUGUCAUUCACGCUCUGCGCCAUCUCGAAGAGAUGGGCGAAUGCUGGCCCUGCGCCCGACGCACGCUCCGAAUCCUCGACAUAUCCGCGCACAAAUGGCAGGUAGAACUUCCCGACGAAGCCGUGACCAUCUUCGAGCAGACGCACGCGCGCUGGGGAUCCUGGGGAUCCUGGGACCAGGGCGCCUCUCCCUCCUCCGUCGAGGAAAGCCCACCCGCUGUAAUCCCCAAUACCUACCACCCGCCGCCCGAGAUACUCUACAACGAACCUACCACGACCUCCUCGCCUAUGCAAGGCGUUCCCCCUCCCCCUCCAACAUCCGUCGGUUCCAUGGCCCUGUCAUACCCACCUCCCGGUCUCCCAAUGCCCGUCUCAGUACCAUCGAUGCGCGAAGCUCAGCGGUCACUAGGGGCACACCUGUCCCGUCCGAACGCACCGCUCCCAGAGCCCACCUAUCUCCGUCCCGUGGCACACCCCUACACUAAUAAUCCCAUCCCAUAUAACCCUUUCGCCCAACCCGAGGCCUGGUUCACUCCCAACGAAGGGCAACAAAAUCUCCACGUCCUAGGCUCCACACAGCAAGACCUCCCCGCAACAUCCAACCCAACCCCAGGAUCCGGCUUCGAAGCCCCCGAGGACCCAAUGGACGAGACCCACGCCUGGUGGCUACCAGACCCCAGCACGAUGGAUUUCGGAUUGGGCAGUAAUUGGCCAUGAUACUCUAUAUAUAUGUAUAUAUUUUUUUUUUCUUUCAUUUUUCAAUUAACUGUUUUAUAGGAGAGUUUGG